AGACUUGCCAACAACAGGCCUCAUAAUCAAAGAAACCUACACUGCCCAUAUCUUCCUUUCAACAAAUCCACCUCUAGCUUUGUUGAAUCUGGGUUCAAAAUCUCCAACCAUGUCCACUUACUUGGUUCUUCUUCAAAACCAACUUCUCAGAUCUCUCAUCGAACCACACAUUUCAAUCGAAUCUGUGGACACCCAUUUGAGUUUUCUCUCAGAGCAGCCUCUGGGACCCCACAAGAAGCCAACCCAGAUGGAGAAAUUGAGGUUUCAAAUCCAAACAAAACACUCCAACUAGCUGUUGUUUUUGGUCUCUGGUACUUCCAAAACAUUGUGUUCAACAUCUAUAACAAAAAGGUUUUGAACAUCUUUCCAUUUCCAUGGCUUCUUGCCUCAUUUCAGCUCUUUGUUGGGUCUGUUUGGAUGUUCUUUCUCUGGUCUUUCAAGCUCCAACCAUGCCCAAAAAUCUCUAAACCAUUCAUCAUUGCCCUUCUUGGACCUGCCUUGUUCCACACAAUUGGCCACAUCUCAGCCUGUGUUUCAUUCUCUAAAGUGGCUGUUUCUUUCACCCAUGUCAUCAAAUCUUCAGAACCCGUCUUCUCCGUCGUGUUCUCAUCGUUCCUUGGUGAUUCGUAUCCUCUAAAGGUUUGGCUUUCAAUCCUCCCUAUUGUUUUCGGUUGUUCUUUAGCUGCUAUCACUGAAGUUUCCUUCAAUUUUCAAGGGUUGUGGGGGGCUUUGAUUAGCAAUGUUGGAUUUGUUCUCCGUAACAUUUAUUCGAAACGAAGUUUACAGAGCUUUAAGGAAGUGAAUGGGUUGAAUUUAUAUGGUUGGAUCAGUAUAAUUUCAUUGCUUUACUUAUUUCCAGUGGCAGUGUUUGUUGAAGGGUCUCAAUGGGUUGUGGGGUAUCAAAAAGCAAUUGAAACUAUAGGGAAACCUUCCACAUUUUACAUAUGGGUGAUCCUAUCUGGGGUGUUUUACCAUCUCUAUAACCAGUCAUCAUAUCAAGCACUGGAUGAGAUUAGCCCUCUGACGUUCUCAGUUGGUAACACAAUGAAGAGGGUUGUGGUGAUCAUAUCUACUAUUUUGGUUUUCAGGAACCCUGUUAGGCCUUUGAAUGCACUUGGAUCCGCCAUUGCAAUAUUCGGGACUUUCUUGUACUCACAGGCAACAUCAAAGAAAACUGUGAAGAAAAAUGAAGAUAAUAAGAAUAUUUGAAAUGGUUUAGUUCUUUUUCACUUUCUAAUUUGUUUGAUUCGAUAGCUUUGGAACUUUUGUAGUAUUUUGUUGUAUCCCGAGCAAUGAAUUUUUAUCAAGUUUAGAAAUAUCUUUAUUGCUGAUU